UCAGUUGCUCUGCUGCCUUUAGGACGAUCUCAUUGAAAGAUUGACAUGGACAGGUGUCAGGCUACAGCUGAACAACUUCCGGAGGACGGGAGAGGAUUUCCACAUUUCCACCGACUGGACUGUUUCAGAGUACAUUUUUGGAAGAAAUGCUGACAUGUCUUUUAACAUGAUCCUUUCAGUAACAUAUGAUGAAAUCAACGAGAGCAACACGUUCACUAACGGGGAUUGCAUUUCUGGCCACGUCACUUUAGAUGUUACGAAGAAAACGAAAAUAAAGUCCUUUCGGAUUAAACUCAAAGGGAAAAUAAAGGUUCAAUGGAGGGUAGCAUGUAGUCGUGGAAUAAGGCCAUCAUCUAAGGGCUACGACGACGAAGAGACACUUAUCAAGUCAGUCCAAUACUUUGUUGGAGGUGACCUUGGCACUCCACUAUUGACAGAUCACAAUGGGCAGCCUUAUUCCAAUACAAUUACACCAGGACGUCACCUAUUCCCCUUUACCUUUGAUCUACCUCAAGAAAAAAUGCCUCCUUCUUUCAAAGGAGUGCAUGGCAAGAUUGUUUAUUUCCUGGAGGCUAAAUUGACAAGAUUGAUGCGGAUAUCAAGCAAAGACAGAAUAGAGUUCACCUUUGUCCCAAAACCCAACCCUAGCAACAGAGUAGCGCAGGAUGAUUUCACAGACAAGAGCUGGACCUUCCAGGAUGGGAUUGUGUCUAAUAUAAAAGCAGGCAGGAAGUGUCAUUUAGGAGAGGGGCUAACAGUCACAGGAACAACUCAGAACACCUCAAGCAGUCCAGUCAGGCUUAACUUUCGCCUGUGCCAGGUCCAGGAAUGUUGUGCACAAAACCAACAUUGGAGCCAUGAUUCCCAAGAUGUCCUGAUUGAAAGAAGUGACAUUAUUGGUCCAUUUAGGACUGCAAAUGUGACAGAAGUGCUGAAAAUCCCAUGCAACAUCCCUGCUUCUCUUCUCAACUGUAGGCUCAUGAAAGUAGAGUACAAACUAUGGGUAUAUCUUGAGGGAAAACAUUCGUUCGACUCGAUUGUAUUUGGCGUGGAACUCCUUCCUCCACGACAAGAGGGCGGUCAAAGCAGUUUCUCGGAGCAAUCGAGGAGCACCAGCCAAGCGUCUCAGGUUCUCCGCUCUUCCUUACUCUGUGGUAGCCCCCUUCCUGCUGACAUACACCAUCUCUUCACAAAGUAAAAUAAUGUGUUCUUUUCAAGAUACAUUUCAAGAGCCAAUGGCAUAUGAAUCUUCACUGAGGUUGCAAUAAGGUCUGUGCCAGAAUAUACACAGAAACAAGGCUCAGUUCAAAACAAGAAUUGGCAGCUCAACAGUAUUUGAACAGCAAAUGUUUUACAUUUGAAAGUUUUUAUGGUCAAAUUUUCCACCAGCAGUAGAGGUCUUUAUUUUACAAUUUUGUAAAGUUUAUUUAUGAGCAACGAGCCUUUAAGUGAGAGAGAUUGGCAGGCAAUGAGUGGGAGAAAGAGCUGGAGUAUGAUGGGGGAAAGGCGGGGAAGUGGGCCAUACUUUUACCUUGCGCUCCGGUAAAAAUGCCGCUGCUCCUUGGGCUACGGCUCCUUCACUUUUCCCACUUCUAAAGUUCAUGCCUACUCUUUUACUUUGGGUUAGUGUCGUAGAGAGCUAUUGAAAAGUCCAUCAUUGUUCCAUAAGACAUUUUUUGGACAUGUGCAUAAUGAAAGUUUUUCCAGUGUUCAUUCCUAUUAGAUGGUGCAAGGCAGUCUGUUUUUUUUGCCAAUGAUAGUCUAUUAAAUAUCCAGUUUCGAGCACACUGGAAAGAUAGAUGGGAUCCUUACUCAAAUAGCGCCAUCACUUCUACUAUUUAAUAAUUAAAAGUCUUAGCCAGUAUUGCUCCACUGCGAUGUUAGUUGGCCAUGUGCAACAACACAGUUCAGGAGGUAUAUUCAAUAACAAAGGUCUCAUGACAUUUCAGUAUAUUAAAGGGUAAUAAGAUAGUUGGGUUGUUGGGUUAUUUUUUACUUUUGCCUCUGAUUGCAAUAGGACAGCAGAGAUAGACAGGAAAUGAGUGGGUGAGUGGUGGAAGUCGGAUCUGGGACUGACCGUGGGUUGGAAUCAAACCUGGGUCCCCAUAAACGCCUACUGUAGACCUGCCACUUGGAAGUAAACCAAGUGAACCAAACUAGGGAAGUAAUCACUUUAUCUUCUCAGAAUGCAGACCAUCAGAGGAUUUUAAGAUGGCACAUAGGAUGCUAUGAACCCCACUGAAAUGAGUUCAAGCACAUCCUUCAUCUCUUCUAGUCUCUGAACUCUAGUUGGUGUUCUCCCUGCCCAGUCCUUCACUCAGUUUCUUAUCGUACCUUAUCUUAUUUUUCUCAGUCAUAUCAUUUCAUUUGGGGAUGUAUCUAUUCAUGUAUUUGAAUGUUUAUUUUACAUGUGUAAAAUGUGGUGCUUUGGAUGCUUGUAUAGAAUUCAAGAAAAUAAACAAUUGAUUCAUUUUAUGGGAACUACAAAAUAAACUGCAAAAUAUAACUUAAAAGGCUUGUUUCAGAGAAUUAUCUGUAUUUUAACAAAUUGUAUUGCCAAUGUUAGGAUGUCUCCCAUUUCCAUGGAUGUAGACAUAAGGCCAAACUUCAACUCAAAUUAUUCUACCCAAACUUAUUGAGUAGAAUGUUAUUUUAUGUUAUUUCACUGAUUUGAAUUAUGUUGUCUAAAAAUGAAAUUGUGUCUUCCUUUUGCACUAACUGUAUUGUAGGCUGUUACUGUACAACUAUUUUUCUUGGAAUUCAUACUACAGGGGCAUUUUUUACCACUGUGUUGCUUCACCUCUGCAUUUAAUAACAUUCUGUAAAUGUUUAGGAACUCAGGAGAUCAGUUGUUAGAGUUUUGAGAAUGAAAUGUGGUCCCAUUCCUGCCCGAUAAAGGAUUUCAGCUGUCUGUCAACAGUCUGGGGUCUUCUUAAUCAUGUUUUUCAUUCCAUGAUGCACCCAAUUAGACAAGUCUGGACUGCAGACAGACCAUUUUAGCAUCUGGACUCUUCC